AUGAAGACGGAUUUCAAGUUUUCCAAUCUCCUUGGAACCGUGUACUGUCAGGGCAACCUCUUAUACAGCCCUGAUGGAACAUGUUUGUUCUCACCUGUAGGAAACCGAGUUACGGUUUUCAACUUAGUAGAUAACAAGUCAUAUACGCUCCCCUUCGCGCAUAGAAAGAACAUCUCGAGGAUCGGCUUAACGCCGCGGGGCAAUCUUUUACUCUCCGUUGACGAAGACGGCCAUGCGAUCCUAACUAAUGUUCCGCGACGAAUCCCCAUAUACCACUUCUCUUUCCGAUCACCUGUCACUGCUCUUGCCUUUUCACCCUCUGGGCGCCACUUUGCUGUAGGACUGGGUCGAAAGACGGAAGUAUGGCAAGUUCCAUCGACUCCCGACUCAAACGCGGAUGGAGAAUUGGAGUUUGCGCCUUUUGUUCGACACCAUACCCACAUGGGCCACUUCGACGACGUCCGUUAUAUUGAGUGGUCAACCGAUUCGCGCUUCUUCUUAACCGCCUCCAAAGAUUUGACAGCUCGGAUAUGGAGCUUGGACGCGGAAGAAGGAUUUACCCCUACAGUCUUGUCUGGCCACAAACAAGCUGUAAUCGGAGCCUGGUUCUCAAAGGACCAAGAAGCGAUAUACACUGUCAGCAAAGAUGGCGCUGUCUUUGAGUGGAAAUAUACAAGGCAUCCUAACGCCCCGCCGAUAGACGAGGAUGAAAAUAUGGAAGAUGUCGACAAUGAUGAUAUGCGCUGGAGGAUUGUCCAGAGACAUUACUUCAUGCAGAACAAUGCCCAUGUCAGAUGCGCCGCUUUCCAUCCCGAGUCUAACCUCCUAGUUGCUGGAUUCUCUAAUGGAAUAUUCGGUUUAUACGAGAUGCCCGAUUUCAACACGAUUCAUACCCUUAGCAUAUCUCAAAAUGAGAUUGACUUUGUCACGAUAAAUAAGAGUGGAGAGUGGCUGGCCUUUGGAGCUUCUAAGCUAGGCCAACUCCUUGUUUGGGAAUGGCAGUCCGAGUCUUACAUUCUAAAACAACAAGGUCAUUUUGACUCCAUGAAUUCGCUAGUCUAUUCACCCGAUGGAAAGCGCAUCAUUACCACCGCUGACGAUGGCAAAAUCAAGGUUUGGGAUACCGAUUCCGGAUUCUGUAUAGUGACCUUUACAGAACACACAAGCGGCGUGACUGCGUGUGAGUUCGCUAAGAAAGGCAAUGUAUUGUUUACUUCAAGUUUAGAUGGCUCUAUACGGGCCUGGGAUCUUAUCAGGUACCGAAACUUUCGCACCUUCACUGCGCCGAGUCGGCUUUCCUUUUCCUGUAUGGCCGUCGAUCCAAGCGGUGAAGUGGUUGCUGCCGGAUCUCUAGACUCGUUUGACGUUCAUAUUUGGUCUGUACAGACAGGUCAAUUACUUGAUCAAUUAUCCGGUCACGAAGGUCCCGUUUGCUCGCUGGCGUUUUCGCCGAAUGGCAGUACUCUGUUCAGUGGAAGUUGGGAUCGGACGGCCAGGAUGUGGUCGAUAUUUAGCCGCACACAGACCAGCGAGCCUCUGCAACUACAAGCAGAUGUGCUCGACAUUGCGGUCCGACCAGAUUCUGCGCAGCUUGCAAUUUCUACUUUGGAUGGCCAAAUAUCAUUUUGGUCAGUUUCCGAUGCAGAGCAAGUAUCGGGCCUCGAUGGUCGGCGAGACGUGUCAGGAGGCCGGAAAAUCACCGACCGCAGAACUGCCGCCAACGUUGCAGGAACCAAGAGUUUUAAUACUAUACGAUACAGUACAGAUGGAAGUUGCCUGCUUGCAGCUGGAAACAGCAAAUAUAUCUGUCUGUAUUCCGUAAGUACUAUGGUUCUAUUGAAAAAGUUCACCGUCAGUGUCAACCUCUCACUGUCAGGAACGCAAGAGUUCUUAAAUAGCAAGUUGCUCACAGAAGCGGGACCGGAGGGUUUGCUUGAUGACGAAGCAGACCAUUCAGACCGUGAGGCUCGACGAGAUAAACUGUUACCUGGUUCGAAGCGAGGUGGGGACCCGUCCGCUCGAAAGAAAUUGCCCGAAGUGAGAGUAACUAGUGUGGGUUUCUCGCCUGCCGGCACUUCGUUUUGUGCUGCAUCUACAGAGGGUCUUCUCAUAUACAGCGUAGACAAUGAAGUUCAGUUCGAUCCAUUCGACCUUAAUAUGGAAAUCACACCUGCUUCAACUCUUGCUGUUCUCGAAAACGAGAGGGACUACCUCAAGGCUCUAGUCAUGGCAUUCCGCCUCAACGAAGCAGCCUUAAUUAAGAGGAUAUUCCAGUCCGUGCCGUACACAGACAUACCAUUAGUAGUAGAACAGUUCCCGACCGUAUAUGUCGCAAGACUAUUACGGUUCGUUGCAGCUCAGACCGAGGAAUCCCCCCACAUCGAGUUCUGUCUCCUAUGGAUCAAAGCUUUGGUAGAUAAACAUGGAUCGUGGCUUACGACAAACCGUAAUAAAGUGGAUGUUGAACUACGGGUUGUUUCGAGAGCAAUAACAAGGAUGCGGAACGAGAUUAAACGGCUAGCAGACGAGAACGUAUAUACGGUCGACUAUCUACUUGGGCAGGCCACCACUACGAAGGCAGAUACUAACGGCCAGAGCCUAAUUACUGAUGGAGGGGAUACCCCAAUGAAGAUGCUGACAUCGGGGGAACCGCUCGCCUUGGAGGAUCACAUGCAGUCCGAGGCCGAGUCUGAGGCUGAAUGGAUAGGAUUGGAUUGA